AAUAUGUAAACAUUUCGUUUUCGUCGGCAUCUUUAAGAUUUGAUCUCAUCGUUCUGCUAAGUAUUUUACCCAUAUUAGCAUAUGCAUCAUAUUCAAACUUAAAUGCAGGAACAAUAAAUUGUAAUACCUUAAAUUAUCCUUUAACAUGUCGAAACUACUAAAUAUCAAAGAGCUUUUUCCCACUAAAUUUAGUGCAUUUAUAUUUUUCGCCUACAUUGCAUUAUUCGUCAACCAAGGUAUCCUUGUAACUGCUACAAAAGAAGCAAAUGCUAAAUAUUCCUAUAGCACCACAACAGUUGUCAUGCUGAUAGAAUGUCUAAAGUUAACUGUCUGCUCAACAGUAUUUAUAAGAGAAUUUUCUUUUAUGAAACUCCUUUCUUCAAUAAUCAGCAAUUCAAAGGUGCUAUUGCUAUAUUUUGUGCCAGCAUUCCUGUACACAUUAUACAACAAUCUCACAUUCAUCAAUCUGUCCAUAUUUGAUCCCACCACUUAUUAUUUGUUGAUGCAAAUCAGAGUUGUGAUUACUGGUAUUGUGUUUCAGGUGCUCUUUAAGAAGCAGCUGAGCCGAAAGCAAUGGGUGUCACUGAUUCUCCUGACCGUGGGAUGUAUUGUGAAACAGUUACACACCACACCUUACAUCCCGCAGGAUGAUGUGAAACAAGUGAACGGUGCAUCUCCACAAACAUAUUUUUACUUUCUUCUUGUUUUAGUACAGGUGUUUUGUUCCUGCUUCGCUGGUGUGUACAAUGAAUACCUUUUAAAAGAUGUCGGAGCCGAUGUCCACCUGAUGCUUCAGAAUGUCUUCAUGUACCUCGACUGCAUCGUCUGCAAUUUCAUAGUCCUUCUUCUCAACGGAGAGGCACCCACUGCUUUUUCCAGCGACUCAUUUCAGUCAGUCUUCAAGCCCCUGGUCAUUGCCGUGAUGAUCAACGGGUGCGCCUGUGGUAUCGUCACGUCCGUCUUCUUGAAAAAUCUGAACUCGAUUCUGAAGACAUUUGCCGGUGCUUUGGAUUUGAUUUUCACUGCCACAAUGUGCUGGAUUGUAUUCGGCAUACCCAUCGACAGGUACACCGUCAUCUCCAUUGCUAUAGUCCUGUAUGCAACCUAUUUAUACUCACAGAACCCUGUUGUUAAUAAAGGACGCCUGGAUGCAGCGUCCGUUGAGAAGGGUGAAGAUGCAGAAAAAUUAAUCAAUGAAAACUCAGUGGUAUAGUAUUAUAUGGAGCCUUGUAUUUAUUCAAGAAAUUUGAUUAUAGUUUUUCAAGUAUAUUUGCAUAUGCUGGGUAUUGUGAAAUUCGGCACAUUUUUUUAUGAGAAAAAAAACACAAACUUGAACUUGUUUACCUUUUUCAACUCUAAGAUAUGUAUAAUAGUUAUUAAAUUGUAUUCUUAUAUAUGCAGGGUGUUCUAAAAAUGUUAUUUUUUUUGUUUCAGAAUGAACUACCUGUUUUGGAAGAAUUAAAAAAAAGUAUUUUUUGUAGAUGAAAUAAAAAAUUAUUUUGCAUUAUAAUUACAAAGAUAUUAAUGAAAAAUGAGUUAAUUUAAGAGGUCUGAAGACAUUACAUGAUAUCAGAGCUAUCUUAAGAAAUAUGAGCAUCCCAUUCAAGACUUAAAUAAGAAUUUAAACGCACCUGGUCCAAAGAAAAUAAUUGUUUAGUAACGCAAAUUAUUUUUUUUCUGAUGUUAAUGUUUUACAGUUAGGCAAAUCUAAGCCUUCUCAUAUUUAAAAUAACAUUAAUUAAAUUUUUUGGAUUAAAAUCUUUGGAUCAAUGGUGAUAGUGGUCUACAUCUUGUUGGGUAAGAGUGCCGAAAAAAUUCCUUAAAUUUUCAGGCUAAGAGCAUCAAAUAAGGAUUCCUUAUUAUAAACGUGAAAAGUGCGUGAUAAUCCUCUAUGUUGUUUUGAAGUCUGUAAGAAAAGGCCACUAGUGUGAACAUUCUUACAGGAAAUGUGACCCCCCCCCCCCUAUAUAAUCUUUAUCACUUUGAAUUCUCAUUUAACUGUCUAUUUUGGGAAAGAAAAUAAAAAUCCCAUUAAGUUUCUAUGCACAGUGCGAUUGUGAUUAUAGAGGAAUUUAUAAAAAAAUUACAACAGAAGGGGGAAAAAUCAUCUGUGAAUUGAACAUUUUACUAUGCAUUGCAUCCAUAUACGGUAAAUUUCAUGUUAUAAUCUGUGUAGAAAAUUUAAUUGAAUGUGGCUAAAUGAAAUGUUAUUUUAUGGUAAACCUUUUUUUCUUAUUAUUAAGAGAACAUUUUUGAUUUAUUUUAUGUACAUAAGUAAAACUGAAUAAUGCUUUGGUAUAUAUUUUAUUAAGAUAAACAUUAAUAGACUAUUUUUUUUUUCUUCAAAUGUUCGAUUUCACAAAAGUGAAUAUUCAACUUUAGAACACCUUGCAUACCUUUAUUGUUUGAAGGUAUUAUUACAUUUCAAAUCAAAUUCUCUAUUGUAUCGGAAUUUAACUGGAAAAAUGGCAAUUUUUUCUCAUAUUUUAUCGUUUAUUUCCACAUUCACCCAUCUGACAAAUAUUUUCGCCGUGUGUUUAUACUUACUUUUUAUAGAUUUUAAUAAAUAGUUGUAAACAGAAAAAAUGCAGUGGAACUUUGCUAAUUCGGAUAAUUUUUUAUGUUGAAUUCAUUGUUAAUUUCAAAAAUUUUCUCUCGUUUCCUCUCUUUUGAAUCUCCUAUUGACACAUUAAAAUAUUAUAAAUAUAAAUACAUAAAUAUAUCCUUGAAGUAUGUAUAAUACAUAUACAUACUUCUAGGAUGUAGAGUUUUGCCCUUAAUCAUGGUCUAGUAGCUAAAUUCCAAACCAUUAGAGGCAGAUAUUUCCUUCUAUUUGCUCUGAAAAUUGUUCUGAAUGAUAUAAAGAACUCCAUUAUAUUUUUUCAGUCAUUAAAUUUAAUGCUGUGAAAUUAUGAAACAAAUUUUUAUACAAUUUUCUUAUUCUAUUGGUAAUAGUAGUAUUUCUAGAUAUAUUAAAUUUUAAUAAAAAAAUCGAUGAUAUUUUAAACCAUUUCGAUGACCGUUUCGAAGAAGAUCUACUACUUAAGUCAGAGCGCUUUCUCGGAGCGACCGUUGAUUGACCCAAAUAAGAAAAUUCAUAACUCGGUCAGUUUUGAUCACAAAAGAGUAGAACUUGUUUUGAACAUGCUAAAUGAAAGUUUAAUUUUUUUUUAUUUUAAAGUUUUACUAUACAGCUGUGCAAAUGUUCAAAGUUUGUACAAUGUUCUUGUUUGUUUAUUUCUUGCCUAUUGAAGUUAUUGUUUCAAAAAUUAUUAUAAGCUUUCAAAUUUAUUAAAAUAAUUUGUUUAUUUAUUGAUUAUAUGUCAUUUAUUAAAUCUUUUAAUUACUAAGGUGAAAUCUUUUCCGACAAUUUUGUUUUCAACGUAAUAUUUCUUUCUAAUUUUACUUCAUUUUAUAUUCUUUUAUUCUUAAUUAGAAUAAUUUGGUCAAUUGAAUUUUUAUAGUACUCCUGUCGCUUUCGAAUGAGCUCACUUCCAUUACGUUAAUCGGGUUGCGUACAGAAGUUGACAUCUUCGAAAACAUAUUCACAUUUAAAAUCAUUAAGCAGAUUAUAAUUCUUUUUUCAUAAAAUUGAUUUGUUAAAAUUUCGAUGUGGUGAUCGUGUAUUAACAAUUUUUAUGCCAUUUAAUUCCCUUCCAUUUACAGCUGAAUUCGAGUUUCGUGAAUUCAUUAAGUUCAGAUCCGAUCUGGUAACUGACGAAAAAUAGAAGUUAUCUUUUUAGGGAAAAAAAAAAAAGAAAAUUUGGUUUUUAACAUAUUACUUUAAUGAAUACAGAAACAAUAUUGUAUUUAUAUUUUGUAUUCUUGCCUGUUGUGUUAGGUGCGUAGUACCGUUGGUCCAACUCUCUCGGGGAAGUGCGACGGGUGUUAUGCAUACGGGCUCCAUGAUCUGAGAGCGGUCUUCAGGGCCAUCAAAAGCUAAAUACUGGUUUUUUUUUUCGUUUUUUUAAAAUGUACAACUUUGAAAACGAAAUUUUACAUUUCAAAAAAUUUGAGAUCCGUAAUUAUAUAACAUGAGUUUAUUUAGCAUGACUUUUUCGAUUUAUGGAAGAUCGAUAUAUGGGAGUUCAACUCUAUUUUCUGACCUCAAGGUAUUUAUAUUUUAGAGUAUAAGACAAAACAUUUUAUUUUUAUUUUAUCUGAAUUUUAAAAGAAAACCUCUUUUCUUUGAGGUCGGCGAUCUGCAAUUCUUUGAUCAAAGCUUCGUUUUUGUUUUUUAUGCAUUAUUAACUAUAGACACAAAUCUUCUUUCGACAUAAUUUGAGUUUUAGAAGUAUAGGGCGAGAGAGCUCAUCUUGCACGCAUACAUGUGGGUUUGAAGUGCUAUACUCCAGCAUAUUUGGAAGAAAAAAGGGAAUUAAUAUUUUUGAGAAUUUCAAUUUACAAUUAAGAAUGCGCACACACUAGUAAAAAUAAGAUGGAAAAAAAAUAAGGAUUUGGAAUUUAAAUUCUGUUUAAAUGAACGAGCGUCACAAAGACACGAUCGUCAACAUGGAAUCAUCAUUUCCGUAUGAUAGUGAAGGGGUAGAGAGUAGAAUUCUGAUGUGAUCAUUCGGCGUUCUGGCAUGUCAUGGGAUUGAGUCCUCUUCCACCAGAAGAAUCUGGAAUAUUAAACAUUUUAAUUAAUUUUUUUAUUUAUUUAGAAUAAAUAUUUUAAUGCAGAGUAGGAAAAGAAAUUGAAUGUCAUAAUUCAUACUUCAGUAUAUUUUAAUUCUCAAAAUAUCUGUACAUUCUUCCAAAUCCUUUCUUUGAGCUUUCAGUAUUGUUCUUGGAAGAAUCAAACCGGGUGUCUUCUCAGAUAUGGAGAUGAGAAACUUCCGAAAGGGUGGUUGAUUCUCGCCAUCUUGACGGGUACAGAAAUGGUGUGGGUAAACACUUCUAUCGAUGACAGAUGACUAUUGGAGGGGUUGUCCCGUGACUGGGGAUGGCCCUUAAGACUCAUAGUUCUCGCCUAUGUUGUCUCGACAUCCAGUCAUUGAGAUUUUUCCUUGUCCCUUCGGGCGGGUCGGAGUAGUCGACUAUGUUUUUCGAUGAGAAAUGGAUCUCUAUAAAGUUUGCCGCCAUAUUUUAGGCGAAGUGCAGCGAGUCAUUCAUGAGAGACAGUUCGCUGUAUUCUGAGGAUCGAUCGAUCGAUGUCAUUCACUUCUCAAUAAUGAGUGGCGGCUCUUGGGUUCAGAAAUGAACGGGUCUCCACAAAUAUAUUUCACAAAACAAAUGCCAUCAUUUUUUUUUAAAGCAACUUUUCUUCUGAAUAGGCAAAAAUUUCAGAUUGCAGCUAAUUAUCUGCUUUGUAACUUUAAAAUGGUAUAGAUGCAUCGUUUUAGAGGUUUUGUUUUUAAUAACUUAAUAAAUGUGAGAAAAGGAUUUAAAAAUAACAACAAAAAAAUAGAGUGAGGGCAAAUCUCUAGGAAAGAGAGAGAGAGAGAGAGAGCAUCUGUUGCACCUGCGCUAAACCGGAGCAUUCCAAAAUGCGGUGUAGUCUGCAAGAUCAUGUGUCGUAUUUCCCCCUUCUUUCUAUUCAUUACUUAGCAAUGCAGAAUGAUUCAGUUUUGAAGUAUUCACGGACUCUCCGGUUUACAGCCCCAACCUGUCUCGUUCUUACUUAUUGUUUCAGUUUCCCCUUUUUGAUUCUCAUCAGUCCCCCCCCCCCCGAAUUUGAUAAUCAAUGAAAAGUUGAUUAUCAAUUUCUCGGUUUUUAGAAAAGUUAGCAACUAAAAUUAAAAACGGAAAUACAACUUUAAAGAAUAAUUUCAAGGGGGAGGGUGGUGCAUUUCUAAUAGAUAAAAUGCCACUGACAAUCAUUCAGAACGUCAGCACAAUUUCAUAUAAAUAACAGGGAAAAUCUGGUUUUAUUUCGUUUCCAAACAAAAAAAAAUAUUUUGUAUAGAAUUUCAAUCUUUUUCAUGGCAACUACUUUUUUUACAAUAGAGUCCACUUUAAAAAAAAUUGCUUUUAUACAGAAUUUUUGUUUUUCGGUUAGACAUAGGUGUCAUAUUAACUCUCAUUUUGUGUUAAGUCUUCUAAAACUGUGAAAAUAAUAAUAAUUUUCUUAUAUUAGAUUAAAUAUUUCAAUUUUGUAGUUUUUUUUCGGUAAAAAAACAACAACAACAACAACUAUUUUUUUAUUAUUAUUAUUUCAACUCUGCAUUUUAAAGGCUGACUGAAAUCUGCUCUAGUCAUUUAGUGGCCAGUUAAUUAAACGCCUAGUCAAAAAUAAUAAAGUGUUUUAUAUGUAUAAAUGAUUAAAAAAAAAGUCGGGUUCUUAAGGUCAGUCUUAAGAACCCGACACUGCCCUAUUUCCAAGUUCCCAAUCAUUCUGCCAACCUUUAAGAUGGCCAGCAAUCAUUUGGUUUUCACUUUAUUAAAUCUUAUUUGUUGAGUUAUCGCUUGAAAAAAAUGGAUCUUGGCUGCAGUCUGUAUUCUGUAAUCGAACCAAAGAAGAGUAAUAUUAAUGGAAAUAAAAAUAAAUAUUUCUUUAUUUUAUAUGCAAAGCAGUCAUUAUUAUGAAUGGGGUAUAGUUUUACAUUUCAGUUUGUAUACAUUUUUGGAAAUAUGCUCUCAUUUUGAAUUUUUCCGUUUGGAUAGUAUAAGAUUUUGAAAGUUUUCAUUUCAUUUUAUUAGACUUGAAUACGUUGUAUAACCCUUUUGUCAUCAUGUAAAAUGACCGCCAACUUUUCGGUCUUAACUGUGUUCCAUCUAAUAACUAUUUUGGCGAAUUAUCGCUUGGAAAAAUUUAAAUUUGGCGGCAGUACCGUAUUCUUAUCAUGAGUCACUUGUGCGGAUGAUUAUUUCAUACUGUUUUAUAAGAAACAUUUCAAAUCUGGAUGAACGGUUUGUAAUAAGUAUUAUGUGAAAUGUUAUGUUAAUUGGCGAUGUGUAUAAAUUAUAAUUUUUUUCAUAUAUAUUAUCGCAGAAAUUGCAUUUUCUUGUUUUAAGUUUGUUUCGUAACGCUACCUGUCAUAUGUUGGGAAAAUAUAUUUGAACGAUUAUUGUUGAUUAUAAUGAAGUUUUAAAAUAUGACUUUUUAAAUACAUAUUGUUGCUUUAUUUUAUUUAUUUAUUUUGUUGUAAUGAAAAUGUCAAGAGUUAUUCAUUUUUUUACUG